AUGUUCGAAGGUCUAAAAGGUCCCGGAGAAUCACAAUCCAAAGAUGGCUCCUCCCUCCGCAUCGGAAUAGUCCACGCCCGCUGGAACACAACCCUAAUAGAACCCCUCCUAGCCGGUGUAAUCUCCCGUCUAAAAGCCUCCGGCGUCGACCCCUCAAACAUAAUAGUCCAAUCCGUCCCAGGAUCCUGGGAACUCCCCAUAGCCGUUCAACGUCUCUACUCAGCCUCUCAAAUCCAAGCUUCGACUUCUUCUGGUGCAUCCGGUGAUUUAUUAGGUUCUGCGACUGACCUACCCAGUCUUGUUGUUCAGGGUAGUGGUAGUGGUGCCGAAACAGGGAGUAAAGGGGAUGGGAGUUUGAAGGCUUCUAAUACUGGAAGCAAGAAGAGUGAAGGGCCGUUUGAUGCGAUUAUUGCUAUUGGGGUGUUGAUUAAAGGGGAGACCGUGCAUUUUGAACAUAUCGCUGAGGUUACUAGUCGUGGGUUGAUGAGGGUGCAAUUAGACUUUGGGGUUCCGUUGAUUUUUGGACUUUUGACGGUUUUGAACGAAGAACAAGGAAGAAGACGGGCGGGAUUGACGGAAGACGGUCAUAACCACGGCGAAGACUGGGGCGAUGCAGCAGUGGAGAUGGCGAUUAAACGAAAGCAGUGGAACGAAGGUGUCAUUGUAUCUGAAAGAUCUGUCUAA